AUGAAUGGGUGGCUCGACCGGAGUGAUCUCUCAGAAAACCGGCGUGAAGCAACCACAGCGUUGUCUUUCGCCGUAUCGAACCAAGUUGGCAUAGUUGGUAAUCCUUUAGCUCAUGCCCGUCCUUGUGAUGAUAAUACCAAUGUAACAGCUUCUUUCGAAUCCGGUCUACCACCAGGUGAAGAGAAUCAAUACUAUUUAAAUAUAAGAGCGAAAAUACAAAAGCAUUCACAAAUCAAUUUGAAAUUCGAUUCUGAUGCUACUGUUACUCUGUCGGACCCAAUGAAGGCUCGAAUAACUACGUUUAGAAACGGAGGUGUUUUCAACGUAAGAUUCUUUAAGGGAUCUACUAAUUUAAAUAUUAACGUCAGAGGUCCGGCCACGGGCACUAUACCAUAUGUUCAAAGUAUUGUAUUGGAUAAUGAUGAAAUUUGUGCUAAACCAAAAUCUGGUUAUUUCGAUUCAUUAAUCCAAGGCAUCAAAGAUACAGCUGAGAUCAGUCUCACCGUUCCUGCCGUUGAAUCUUGUGGUAGACGCAAAGUGGUCCAUACGGAACUAAUAGUCCAUGGACAGCCGACAAAGUCCGGAGAUUGGCCUUGGCAUGUAGCUUUGUUCAGAGUUGAAGGAACAUUCGUCAAGUACAUCUGUGGAGGAACUCUGCUAUCUAAGACAAUAGUUUUAACAGCUGCACACUGUGCUUCAAUCAGAGGCAAUGCCGUUAUUCCCAAAUCUUUGAGUGUGGUUCUUGGUAAACAUAACCUGAUUGGUGGAGAUGUCGCACCGCAAGAGAGAGAGGUCGGCAAACGACCAGACGAAUUACCUGAUGGUAAGCAACCAGCGCCGCCUAUGGACACUCGCAACGGAGAAGUUACGAGUGCGUUGCCGACCUUUUACGGAUUAGGGAUUGAGGAGGGAUUGGGGCAGGGGAAGGAUUGGGCCUCCGGUAACCUCACCCACACGGCGAAACACAACGCUGUGGUUAUUUCACGCCGGUUUUCUGUGAGGCCGUGGUAUGACUCCGGUCGAACUGACCCAUUCGUUUUUGAAAUCAUACUUCAUAAAGACUUCGAUCCAAAAACAUUGAAUAACGACAUAGCUCUAUUAAAAUUGAAGUCUGAAGCACUAUUUGACGAUUACGUGCAGCCAGCUUGCCUGUGGCAGUCUGGUCUCACGAAAAAACUACCGACUGGUGGCAUUUAUGGAUCGGUGGUUGGAUGGGGAUUCGACCAUCAAGACAUUUUAUCGACAACUUUGCAACAAAUAAGUAUACCAAUAGUUUCGGAGGCGACGUGUUUGAAGAGUAAUCCUGUAUUCUUUCACAAUAAACUUAAUACCAACAAAUUUUGUGCUGGUUUUGCUAAUGGAACGUCAGCCUGCAAUGGAGACAGCGGAGGAGGUCUGGUAAUCUUCGUGCCAGAUGUACCUGGCGCAAAAAGUCAAGAUUCUGGCGCCUGGCACGUUCGUGGUGUAGUAUCUACGACAGUCAGCAGAACAGAUGCGCCCAUUUGUGACCCCAAUCAGUAUACACUGUUCACAGAUGUAGCGAAAUAUCGAAAGUGGAUUUUGAGUUAUUUGGAUUAGAGUUUGAAAUUGAAAAAUAUUGACCAUCGACAGUUGUCGUGAAUACAAAAUAGAUGGCGC